GUUAGGGAAAAUACAAAAUAGUAUUCUGUCAAGAGGCAGAGAGGACUGAGGAGAUAUACUAGUUUCCCCGCUUCUACCUAUAUAAACUACAAAGCUGCUACUUCGAUCACUUGUGUUGUGCGAGGUUUGGAUUAGUCACAAAUGGCGGCCGCUUCCUUCUCCCCAUCUGUAUCUUCUGCUGCUGCUGCUUCUUCUUCUUCAUCUAAAACCCUAAAACCAGUUGCCAAAACCCUAGGUUUGAGGCUGGGCUUUCUCUCAUCCUCUUCUAAAACCGUGAAACCUCUUCUUUCUCGUGUCUUGACGAGCAUUGCCACUUCGACCCGGGGUUCUGCUCUUGGAGCUUGCAUGGUUUCCGCACCUGCAAUGAAGCCCACGAUCUCGCUCGAUUUCGAAACCGCUGUGUUUAAGAAGGAAAAAAUCUCUCUUGCUGGUCAUGACGAGUAUAUUGUGAGAGGUGGGAGAGAUUUGUUCCCUUUGCUGCCAGAUGCCUUCAAAGGGAUUAAGCAGAUUGGCGUCAUUGGAUGGGGGUCUCAGGGUCCUGCCCAAGCUCAGAACUUGAGGGAUUCUCUUGCAGUAGCAAAGUCCAAUAUUGUGGUCAAGAUUGGACUACGAAAGGGCUCACGUUCUUUUGAGGAGGCCCGUGCGGCAGGUUUUACUGAAGAGAGUGGUACCUUAGGUGAUAUAUGGGAAACCAUUUCUGAAAGUGAUCUUGUGUUAUUAUUGAUUUCUGAUGCAGCACAGGCAGAUAAUUUUGAGAAGAUAUUCUCCCACAUGAAGCCAAACAGCAUUCUUGGCCUUUCCCAUGGAUUUCUUCUUGGACAUUUGCAGUCAUUAGGGCUUGAUUUCCCUAAGAACAUCAGUGUUAUUGCUGUAUGCCCAAAGGGAAUGGGACCCUCUGUAAGGAGACUCUAUGUCCAAGGCAAAGAGAUAAAUGGCGCUGGAAUCAAUUCUAGCUUUGCUGUACACCAGGAUGUCGACGGUAGAGCCACGGAUGUUGCCCUUGGGUGGUCAGUUGCCCUUGGCUCACCAUUUACGUUUGCAACUACAUUAGAACAGGAAUACAAGAGUGACAUUUUUGGGGAGCGUGGCAUUUUACUUGGUGCUGUUCAUGGCAUCGUGGAAUCCUUGUUUAGAAGGUACACUGAGAAUGGUAUGAAAGAAGAUCUCGCUUACAACAACACUGUUGAGUGCAUCACAGGAAUUAUUUCAAAGACCAUCUCCACGAAGGGCAUGCUGGCUGUCUACAAUGCUUUGUCAGAGGAUGGCAAAAAGGAAUUUGAGGCUGCGUAUAGUGCUUCAUAUUAUCCUUGUAUGGAUAUCCUGUAUGAGUGCUAUGAGGAUGUGGCCAGUGGGAGUGAGAUACGGAGUGUUGUCUUGGCUGGGCGUCGCUUUUAUGAAAAGGAGGGUCUUCCAGCAUUCCCAAUGGGUAAGAUUGAUCAGACACGGAUGUGGAAAGUUGGUGAGCGAGUCCGGUCGACAAGGCCAGAAGGUGACUUUGGUCCGUUGCAUCCUUUCACGGCUGGUGUCUAUGUAGCAUUAAUGAUGGCUCAGAUUGAGGUGUUGAGGAAGAAGGGUCACUCCUACUCAGAGAUCAUCAAUGAAAGUGUGAUUGAAUCAGUUGAUUCUUUGAACCCCUUCAUGCAUGCACGAGGAGUUGCAUUCAUGGUUGACAACUGCUCCACAACUGCAAGAUUGGGAUCUAGGAAAUGGGCCCCACGCUUUGAUUAUAUUCUCACCCAACAGGCUUUAGUGGCUGUGGACAAGGGAACUCCAGUCAACCAGGACCUGAUUAGCAACUUCCUGUCUGACCCUGUGCACGGAGCUAUUGAAGUAUGUGCACAGCUAAGGCCUACUGUUGACAUAUCGGUGCCCCCUGAUGCGGAUUUCGUUCGGCCAGAGCUGCGCCAAUCUGGCAACUGAACUUGAGAUGAACUACCAGAAACAUUCCUUUUGUUCCGAGAUGCUUUGUUGGGUGGAGAAGCGAGUGUGUCUAUUUGUAUCUCUCCUUUCUUUUAGUGAGUGCUCUGUAAGUUGUAAUGCUUUCCGGUGAGUUAUGUGAACUUGAGGGUUCAAUUAAAAGAUAUUUUUGCUCCAUCUAUUAUCACUCUAUUAUAUAACGAAAGCAUAUUUUUAAUUCCUAAGCUUGUAAAGGCUCGUUCUCUUCA